GUCAAACUUCCGACUUGGUGCAGAUUAUUUUGCAGUGAAUAUUUGCGAUUAGUUCCUGGGUUUGGGGAAUAGUAAAGUAAUACUAAUUUGCAAAUAACGAGUACUGUACCGAUUCUCCAACAUGUUGCGAACGUUUCGCAUCCUUCAGAGUUUGUGUAAUAAGAAUGGCAGUGUUAUAUCAUCACUGUCCCACCGGCAAUCCGUCUUCUCCAUUCAACAAAAUAUCAACAGACCCUCACUCGGUGGGUUGGCACAACACUGUUCCACAAAAUCAACACUGACCAACACAGAGCUACCAGCUCGGAAUGAUGAAGCUGAAUCAAAGACUACGAAUUGGAAUACAAUUUAUCACUUCCCGUCAAUCAUGCUAACCGCUUCACUGAAGAGGCUCAAAUUUUAUCCAAUGGUUUUCACCGGCAUUUCCGUCCCAAUAUCUAUGGGACUAGCGUACUUCAACAUUUGGUCAAUGACCACGGCAGAAAUCGUUGGAGCAAUUGGUUUAACCACCACGAUUACGUUUUCGCUGUUCGGUUUGAUCACCGAUAAUCUGGUUGGUUUUGUAUACUGCGACGAUCGGUUGAGCAAGGUGAAGAUAUCGUUUUUGGACGCGAAAGGGAAGCGACAAAACCGAAUCUAUUCCGUGGAUGAUCUUGUGUCCAGAACUGAACUGCCCAAGUCAUUCUUGAAGCUUUACUUCCCGGUGAAAAAUCACGAGAAUGGCGAUGUGUAUAAACUCGUUCAUCAGUAUGGAGAAAUCUACGAUGUUCAGGCGUUUAACAAAAUAUUUGGCCAUGAAAUUGUUACCAAAUAAGCGCACCAUCAAGUGUAGAAAAGAAUAAAAUGUAAUGUUUGUAAGUUAUUGAA